UAUUCAUAAAACGCAACGUAUAAGGAAUUUAUUGAAUAUUUAUGAGUAGGCUUCCAUUAUUGGAAGGAUUUUUUUUAAAAACAAUACCUGAUUAAUAUUAACGACAUAAAACUUUGUCGUAGUAGGAUUGGAAACCGCGCCUCUUCUCUGCUUUUGGUUUAAACCAUGACUAGUUAAAACAACAACCUCGUUAUAAAACUACCUAUAUUUCAUUUUCUCUUUCAGAAGGAAAGUACAUCUGACAACUCACCUUGACCAUGUCGGACAGAAAACCUGUAGGUGAAGAUACUGUGGACGCCAGACAAGUGAAUGCACAAAAGACUGAUGAAGGAGUCGUUCAAGUAGAUGCCGGAGUUGAUCAAGUAGAUGCCAAACCACGUUCAGAUGUGUUUCAGUACAACAUGAACUACAGCAGUAUGGGACAGUGUGUCGUCAUCAACAACAAGAAUUUCCACAGAAAAACAGGAAUGGGAGUUCGUAACGGGACAGACCAGGAUGUAAAGAAUGUGAUGGAGACCUUCUCAAAGCUGGGCUUCAGAGUCAAGAUUAACAAUGAUCAAACGGUCUCACAGAUGAAGGAUUUGUUGACGAAAGUGUCUCAGGAGGAUCACAGUCAGUCGGCCAUGUUUGUGUGCGUGUUGUUGAGUCAUGGAGACGAUGGAUUAAUUUAUGGCACAGAUGACUGUAUAGAGCUGAAGAGACUGUUCGCGCUCUUCAGAGGAGAUCACUGCACUUCACUGGUGGGAAAACCCAAGCUUUUCUUCAUUCAGGCUUGCCGAGGCUCAGAUCUGGACUCUGGCAUUGAGGCAGAUGGUGUGGGAGAUGGAGAAACAACGAGGAUUCCUGUGGAGGCAGAUUUCCUGUAUGCGUACUCCACUGCGCCAGGAUAUUACUCCUGGAGGAACGUCGCUCAUGGUUCCUGGUUCAUCACUUCGCUCUGUGAGAUGCUGUUAAAAUACGGCAAGCAACUGGAGAUCAUGCAGAUCAUGACACGUACCAACCACAAGGUGGCGCUGGAUUUCGAAUCCUCCUCCAAUCUGCCAGGGUUUGGUGGCAUGAAACAGAUACCAUGUAUUGUAUCUAUGCUGACCAAAGAACUCUAUUUCCAUAAAUAAUUCAUUGAUGCACUUUAUUUUACAGUAUGUAAACAUACGUGUACUUACAGUGAACUUAACUAAGAAAGCACUGGGUAAUAUAAGGUAACUACAUGGGUUAAGGUUUGGUUUAGGUGUAGGUUCAGGAUUAGUACCUAGUUAUUACCCAGUUAUUGUAAUUACUAUAAUAAGUACAUGGUAUGUGCAUGGGGAACAGGACUGUAAAAAAGUGCUACCUAAUUCAUGUUUAUUUUACUGAUUAUGUUGCAAUGGGAUAAAAACAUUUUUAAAAUCAUUUUUAUGUUGCAAUUUAAAGUAUUGACAGACUACUGUCAAAACUGGAUGAAGGGACAUAAAGGGAAUUUAAGGGAAACACUGGAUUUUAGUGUACUAUUAUCUAAUUAUGAGUAUUUGAAAUCACUAGUCUUUUUGUUGUGGUGUGUGACAUGUUUACAGUGCUGGUUUUGAAUGACAGCUCUUUCUUAUCUUUAUAUGCACAUUUAGUCUGUCUGUCAUCAUUUGAGCCUUACCUGAAUGUUUGCCUUGUUUUAAACCUUGCAUAUGAGUCUAUGAAAAUUGCAUUAAAGCAUGAAUUCACAAUUCUGAUCUAACUGUAAACAUUUGCACAGUUUUUAUAAUGAUAAAUAAACAUUUUACUUUGGUAUUCAA